AUGCUGCAUAGCACCCUCUCCUCACAACCCACCAAAUACUUCUUCACCUUUCGCAGAUCCUCGUCGCCUCCCGCGCUGGUAGAAGGGAAGGAAACGGUGACGGUGUUAAUCGCGGGACACGUGGACCACGGGAAAUCGACGAUAACGGGGCACUUGUUAGUGGAGUGUAACGUGGUGAGCGAGCGCGAAAUGCGGAAAGCGACGAAGGAAGCGAAAGAACUGGGGAAACAGUCGUUCAAUUACGCGUUUUUGAUGGACCAGAACCCCGAGGAGCGCACACACGGCGUGACGAUCCAUCUGGGCGCGAUCUCGCUGCAGACCGAGGAGCGGUGCGUGACGCUGCUCGACGCGCCCGGUCAUCGCGAUUUUGUGGCGGCGAUGAUCGCGGGAGGACUGCGCGCAGACGCGGGGAUUCUCGUGAUUUCUGCGCAGAAAGGAGAGUUCGAGGCGGGAUGGUCAACCGCGGGAAUCACGAAGGAACACUUGCUGAUCAUGGUGGGGAGCGGGAUCGAAACGCUCGCCAUUCUAGUCAACAAAAUGGACACCGUACACUUUUCGAAACUGGAAGCUCGCUUUCUGGAGAUCCAAAACACGGUCAUUCCGUAUCUCAAGCAUCUCGGAUUUAAACGCAAAAACGUUACCUUCAUCCCUACUUCUGGCUUGGAGGGCGUCAAUCUUUCCACCGUGGAUUCCAAAAAAACGCCCUGGUUUACCGGGCCGUCGCUCAUUCACUUCCUAAACUCACUCAGCAGAACAAUGGUGGAUUCCGACGUGGCCAACACCAAGGAAGUCGUUAUGACCGUGCAUGAUGUUUACCGCGGGGAUAUGAUGGGAGACUGCAUCGCCGCACACGUCGCCCGCGGAUUCCUCGAUUCCCGCGAUUUAAAGCCACUCAUCCUGCUCCCAGCGAAACUCCCGCUCACCGUGAAGUCGUUCCUGGUGAAUAACCACAAAGCCACCGUCGCUUCCGCGGGAAAUAACGUCGUUUUGAUAACCGCGGGAAUCGAUUUGGCGUCAGUGAGCCGCGGGAAUGUGAUCACAACGACCACGUGUCCGAUGAAACCGUCGAACCGAAUAAUCGCCCAGAUUUUUGUCAACAAAGAAGCGGACAUGCCAAUCAUGAAGGGAUUAACGGUUUUGCUGCAUUUGGAUGGGAAUGUGGUAUCCGCGGUUAUCCAGCACGUCUUGGCGCAGGUCGAUUUCGCGGGGAAUGUGCAGAAAGCGAAGCCGAAAGUGGUGUAUGGAGGACAAUGGGCGUCGGUGGAAUUGGCGCUGGAUCGGGAAGUGUUUGUGGCGGAUUUCAAGAGCAUUCCCGCGAUGUCUCGGUUUAUCAUGCAAGACAAGGGCGUGACGAUGGGGAUUGGACGAGUGACGGAAGUGAAGAAGUCGAAAUUCCACCGAGUUUGGAGUGUUUGUUUGAAUAAAGAAUACGAUGAAUGA